UACGAUCAUGGCAAAUAUGCUGGCAAAUCUUCUUUCUAUAACACUGUUCUUGUUCUUCAAUACCCUUCCACUUGCAACAUGUUUAAACAACCAAACUGACCAACUUUCAUUACUAGCCAUCAAAUCCAGCCUUCAAGAUCCACAAGGAGCUCUCAAUUCAUGGAACCAAACACUCCCCUUCUGCAGCUGGAGAGGCAUCAAAUGUCGCGGCAACAGAGUCGUCUCCUUGAACUUGAUGUCUCAAGGCCUCGUCGGAAACCUCUCCUCCCACAUAGGUAACCUCUCUCUUCUCACCAACAUCACCCUCAGAGAUAACUCUUUCCAAGGCCCAAUUCCUCCACAAAUCACUCUCUUAACCAACCUUCAGUUUCUUGACUUUAGCAACAACUCCUUCAAGGGUGAAAUACCCAAAAAUUUCUCCAACUGCCCCAACCUUGUGCGGCUUGCUUUCACUAAGAAUUCUCUUUCCGGAACCAUAUCUAAUGAACUAGGCUUCUUGCCCAAACUCCAAGAUAUAUCCUUUUCAAUGAACCAAUUUUCCGGGCUUAUUCCUUCAUCCAUUGGUAACAUAACAACCCUCCAAGCGCUGUCUUUAGGAAAGUGCCGAUUCAAUGGAGAGAUUCCCGAGUCACUCGGCCGCCUCGGCCAACUCACAUUUCUUCAAUUGAGUCAAAAUAAUUUCACUGGUACUAUUCCUCAUGGUCUGUUUAAUCUAACUAACAUUUAUUAUUUUGAUGUUUCUGUUAAUAGUCUUCAUGGAGUUAUUCCUUCUACUAUUGGUGACACACUUCCUAAUAUUGGUGUUCUUUAUCUUUCGAAAAACCAAUUUAGUGGGCCAAUUCCUAACUCCAUUUCAAAUACUUCAUUGACUGAAUUGAUCAUCUUGUCCUCUAAUCAAUUUAGUGGACCUGUACCAAAUCUUGAGAGGCUUACUUCGAUUGAAGAGUUCUUAUUGGAUUCGAACUUGAUUGAAGAUGAUAUGAGCUUCAUUUCAUCAUUGACAAAUUCGACCAAUUUAGAAAUCUUUGAUGUUAGUAAGAACAUGUUGAGUGGUUCUUUGCCGGAAUCCUUAGCCAAUUUGUCUGUUGUUGUCAAUUUCUUUGAUAUACACAAGAAUCAGAUACAUGGAAACAUUCCUUUAGGAAUCGGAAACCUUGUCAAUCUUGGUACAGUUGAUCUGUCUCACAAUCUUCUUGAUGGCCAAAUUCCCAUGUCAAUGUCAAAGCUCUCGAACUUGCGUAGCCUUUUUAUGGGAAGAAACAGAUUCGAUGGCGAACUGCCAUCACUCUUUGGAAACAUGACUCUUUUGAGUGAAUUCCAGUUAGAUGGGAAUGAGCUUUCUGGAAAUUUGCCUUCCAAUCUUGGCAACUUGUCCAACUUGCUAGAGUUAGACCUCUCUGAAAAUAACAUCACUGGAUUGAUCCCUCGAGAAAUCAUGAGACUUUCGUCGGUUUCCAUUGUGCUUAAUCUGUCUCACAAUGCCUUUGAGGGUUCUAUUCCAAGUGAAGUUGGCUCUUUGAGAAACCUCGCGGCUUUGGACUUGUCUAGCAAUAGACUGUCUGGAGUGAUUCCCACCUCUUUGAGCAGUUGCGUGAGCUUGGAACGACUCUAUCUCGAUGAGAACCUUCUUCAAGGAGAGAUUCCUUCAGGAAUGAUCUCUUUGAUGGGUUUACAAGAGUUGGAUCUUUCGCAGAACAAUCUGUCUGGAUCAAUUCCCUCAUUUUUGGAGAAAAUGAAGCUUAAGAAGUUGAACUUGUCCUUCAAUAGGCUGCAAGGAGAAGUCCCAUCAAGAGGAGUUUUUGCGAAUAUAAGUUCAAUUUCUCUUGAUGGAAACCAACGGUUUUGUGGCGGAAUUGGAGAGUUGAAGUUCCCUCCUUGCAAAGGAGUCGAAUCUUCCAAGGAAAAACUGUCUACUUUGUGGAAGAUCUUGAUCCCAGUAUUGGUUUUUGGAGGUCUGUGCAUUGUGAUUUUAGUAUUCCUCAAGUGCAAGAAAACAGAAGAAAAUCCUCGACCCGUUGUUUCAUCGGAGGAUGCUAUUGGUGGCCAACUAUUGAGGCUUUCUUAUGCAGAUCUCCUCAAAGCAACAAAUGGAUUCUCCGAGAGUAACGUGGUUGGUUCUGGGAGAUUCGGGUCCAUUUACAAAGCUGUUCUCGAUGAUGAGAAAGGCAUAGUUGUAGCAGUGAAAGUGCUUAAUCUUGAUGUCAAAGGGGCCUCAAAGACAUUCAUGGCAGAGUGCAGAUCAUUGGGAGGCAUAAGGCAUAGGAAUUUGGUGAAACUUGUAAGUGUUUGUGAUACUGUGGACUUCAAAGACAAUGAUUUCAAAGCAUUGGUGUAUGAAUUCAAAGUCAACGGGAGUCUAGACAAAUGGCUUCACAACAACGAGGAAGAAAGUGGUGAAGAUUUGAAGAGUCUUAGCAUAAUACAGAGGCUUAACAUUGCCUUAGAUAUUGCUCAUGGGAUUAAAUACCUUCACUUUGGUAGUGACACAUCUAUUAUCCAUGGUGAUUUGAAGCCGAGCAACAUUCUCUUAGAUCAUGACAUGGUUGCUUGUGUUGGGGAUUUCGGAUUAGCUAAGAUUGCCUCAAACAUACUUUCAUUGUCAUAUGAAAGCAACACGAGUUCCUUUGGGAUCAAGGGUACCUUAGGCUAUGUACCUCCAGAAUAUGGCACGUUUGGCUCGAUUUCUAUGCAAGGGGAUGUGUAUAGCUUCGGGAUCAUCCUUCUAGAGAUGUUCGUAAAUAAAAGACCAACAAAUGAUUUGUUUGGUGGUGAGGUAAAUCUCCAUAGAUAUGUGAGCUCUGCUUUACCACAUGGAUUAAUGGAUAUUAUUGAUCCACGAUUAGAGAUGGGAGGUUUGAAAAUGGAGUUUGUUGGGCGUAUUUUGAAUAUCGGUGUGUCAUGCUCAAAGGAGAAUCCAAGAGAUAGAAUGCCAAUUACUCUUGUUGAAAAUGAGUUAGCUGACAUUCUAGCUCAACUACAACCUUUUCCUUAGGAUAUAUGAACUAAUUUACCUUGUUGUUUUCUUUUUUUAAGUCUAUUUUGUAUUUCUGUUUAUAACUUUUUGCUUUUACUCCUGUUUUGAGUAGUGAUUUUGAGUAGAGUAUUCGUCUAUGUCUAUAUAUUGAUUUUGCAGUUUCAUAUUUUGAACUUGAUAUAUGUGUACUACUAGGGCCAUCCGCAUCCCUGUCUUUUAUC